AUGGAGGACCAACGUGAAGUCGAGCUGGGCUGUAUCGCAGCCAUCUUUCCCGAGCUCGUUUUGGGGCCCCAAGAUUCCUUCUCUGCUUCUCUGGAACUUCCAGUGCACCCGGGGAAUCCAGUCAAGGUUGUCUUCCCAGCUUCUGCUCAGGGCUUCGUUCCUGAUACGCCUACCCCGCCACAGUCCGACAAUUCGAGUUCCGACGGCCAGGCUACCCCCAACCCUGCGAACAAUGUCGAGUCUCACGAUCUGUCGUAUCUUCCGUCACUUCAACUGCAUAUUGUUCUACCGGAAGGAUAUCCUGCGACUUCGCCACCGCGAUUCGAACUCUCUACGGAGCCAGAGUGGCUGUCGAGAGCUUAUCUCGACGAGCUUCAGGCCAAGGGAGAACAAAUGUGGGAGGAGGUAGGGCAUACCGAGGUGGUCUAUGAAUAUAUCGACUCGCUCCAACAAGCUGCUGAAAAUGCGUUUGGUUACGUGGAGGGGAAGGUCUUGGAGAUCCCCCAGGAAUUCAAGAUUGCUCUGCUGGACUACGAUAUCAAGGCCACGCAGGCCGCUUUUGAUAAGGAAACCUUUGAUUGCGGCGUCUGUCUUGAUCCAAAGAAGGGUUCGGUUUGCCACCGGAUGAUUGACUGUGGUCAUGUAUUCUGUGUUCAGUGCCUGCAGGACUUUUACAAUAACGCGAUUACGGAGGGUGACCUCGUCUCGGUACGGUGUCUGGCGCCAGACUGCGCGAAGAAGCGCGCUGAAGCACAGCCGUCGAAGAAGUCUCGAAAGCCGAAGACUCUCAGCCCGAGUGAAUUACUACAGAUUCCACUGGAACAUGAGAUGGUCACACGAUACGUCAAAUUGAAGCACAAAGCAGAUCUGGAGUCCGACAAGAAUACCGUCUAUUGCCCGCGGAAGUGGUGCCAGGGUGCUGCCCGAUCGAAGAAGCAUCGAAAGCCAGACGGGUUCGAGGUGAUCGAGUCAGAUGAUGAGUCAGAUGCGGAGGAGGAUAGCAAGAAGUUCCGUGCAGGGAGAGAUCUGCUCUCUGUGUGCGAGGAUUGUUCUUUUGCUUUCUGCAGUAGAUGCUACCAGGGUUGGCAUGGCGAGUUCACGCUCUGCGCACCGAGAGCGAACAACGGCGAGCUUACGGAAGAGGACAAGGCUUCAUUGGAGUACCUCAAGUUACAUACGACACCUUGCCCGACAUGCGCUGCUCCAGCUCAGAAGACUCAUGGCUGCAACCAUAUGAUCUGCUUUAAGUGUAACACGCACUUUUGUUAUCUCUGCUCUGCAUGGCUUGAACCGUCGAAUCCCUACAAGCAUUACAACGAGGUUAACACUGGUUGCUACAUGCGUCUUUGGGAGCUGGAGGCUGGAGAUGGAGAUGAUGUGGGGAUUGGUUACGCAGGAGGGGCUCAGGCACCAGAACCAGAGGAUAUUAUUGAGAUUGUCUCAGACGAUGAACUUGAUGAUCUGGAAGGAGGGCUUGCAGAUGUUGGUCCUCGGGGUCCCGAAUUGCUGAAUGGGGCGGGCGAUGUCAGAGAUGGACGGGCACCCCCGGCGGAGGCAUUGCACAACGAAGGUGUCGAACGUGUUGUCGGUGAUAACAAUCAACCGGCACCAGUUCCGGAGCCACCCGCGCAACAGCUACAACGUGAAGGCCCUCUUGUACUCCGGAUCAAUGCCGUACCACAACCCGCACCCACUGUCGCUGCUGUCCCUGAUCCCCCACAGCCCGCUCAGCCCGCUCAGCCCGCUCAGCGUCAUCGACAGCAGCGCCGGGGGAACCCAAAUCGUCGAAUCGAUCAUCGACCCGCGGACGUCAGACAAGCAGGACCACCUGGUGGACGAGGACGGGGUUUACGACCACAGCAGCCAGCUGGAAGAGGGCAGGCUCGCGAUGUGGCUGCGGCUCAGGCGCAGGAGGCGGCGCAUCAACAGUGGCUGCAGAGAUUCGUUCAGAUGGCACUAGUGGACGAGGAAGACCAAGUUGAGUGGGAUAGUGAUGAUGAGGAUGCUGCUGCGUGGGAGAUACCUGUUCGAUGA